AUGACUGUGGCCCAAGAGCGGACGGUUCGCAAUGGCGCCUGGUGGACAUUCUGCGCAGGCAGCUUUACAUGCUUUCUCACGGGCUUCACCUACACGUUUGGUGUGUGGAGCCCUGUUGUCAAGCGAGCCUACAGUUACUCGCAGGCGCAACUGGACACCCUGGCACUGGCCAAGGACCUGGGGAACUUCAUCUGCAUGGAUGCAGGCCUCGUGACCAACCGAUAUGGGGCGCACAUCUCGGUGGCUGGCGGCACACUGGUGCUGACUCUGACGUGUGUUGCCAUCUACCUUGCAAUCGGCAAUGGCAGCGUGCCAUUUCCUGCAAUGAUCAUCCUUUUUGGCCUCUUCGGCCACAGCCUUGGAUUCUGCGACAAUGCUGGCAUCUCGACCAGCGUCCGAAACUUUCCCGAGCACAAAGGCAGUGCUGUGGGCCUCAUGAAGGCAAUGGAAGGACUGACGGCAGCAGUUGUCGGCACCGUUUUCUACAGCGUCUACUCAGAUGAAGACCUCGAUGCCUUCCCGCUCUGGCUUGCCUUCAUGGCCUUGGGCAUCGGGGCCUUCAGCGUGCCUCUCAUCGCCUGCACAAACAGCCCGGACAAGGAGGAUGCCCAAACGGUGUCCAAGAAGUUCUCUGUUCUGACAGUGGCACUGCUGGUGUACACGGCCUUUUGUGCCGUGGUUGCGUAUAACAAAGCGUAUACGCUGCCAGUGGCCUUGGUCGUGGCCCUCCUGCCAUGGGGCCUCUUCGCUCUCGCCUGCAAGGGCGGCCAAAAUGGUUUCGAGCCCGCGGGCCAGAGGAAUCGCAUCGAGCGCCCAAACCUGUCCGCAUGGGAGAUGCUCCAUUGCGUGGAUUUCUACCUCUUGUAUUUCACCUUCGUCUCGCUCCAGGGUUCUGGCAUCAUGUUUUCCAACAACUUCGGACAGAUCGUGAAGUCUGUCUCAAACAACCCAUCUGCCUCCAGUGGCAUCUAUGUCACGAUUUUCUCAAUCUUCAACACGUUUGGGCGUGUCUUCAUCGGAUUCGGCUCUGAAUCCCUGAAGGGGACCUUGAACCGGCCAUGGUUCCUGGUGGGCGCCUCACUGCUGAUGUCCCUGGGAUUGGCGCUCCUCGAGCUGGGUGAGGAUUUUCUCGGCUUCAGUGCUGCAGCCGUGGGCUUUGCUCUUGGAGGGACAUUUGCGCUGCAAGCGGUGGUCAUUGAGGAGAUCUUCGGUCCGGAGGAGAUGCCCGUCAAGUACAGCUACUCCUUCACUGCUGCUUCUGUGGGCUCCCUGCUUUUAAGCGACCUCCUCGCUGGGUGUCUCUACGAUGCGGAAGCCCAUCGUCAAGGUCAAGCUAUCUGCCUCGGGAGCAGCUGCUUCGGCGUCACUUCUGCGGUGACCGCGCUUUGCUGUGCAGCCGCGGCGCUGUCUGUGGCGGUUGUGGCGUUCCGCUCCAGGGGCACGUACACCCAGCUUCAAACACGGCGACCUCUUCUGCCUGGCACGGAAGCAGCGCUGUUUUGA